GACUCGUGUUCUGAACAUCACAUCACAGAAGGACGUAUCAGCUGACGACCAUCACCCACCGAACCACUCUCAGAACACAACAUGGGAAGACAGAAGGUGUAUUUGGACAAGCUGUCCAGAACCUGCCAGGUCCGCAACCUGUUGCUUCGCCAGGCCCUGGCAGAAUGUCUUGGCACACUCAUCCUUGUAAUGUUUGGCUGCGGCGCUGUAGCUCAACUAGUGCUCAGCGGAGGAUCCCAUGGCAUGUUUCUAACUGUCAACUUUUCCUUCGGCUUUGCGGCCACCCUGGGCAUUCUAGUCUGUGGCCAAGUGUCGGGAGGCCAUCUGAAUCCGGCUGUGACCUUUGCCCUUUGCCUACUCGGAAGAGAACCGUGGAGAAAGUUCCCAGUAUACUUUGCCUUUCAGACACUGGGAGCAUUCCUGGGUUCUGCAAUAAUCUUUGGCAUGUACUAUGAUGCCCUGUGGGACCAUCCUGACAACUUUAACGUGACGGGAAAUCGGUCUACUGCCGGCAUCUUCGCUACCUAUCCUGGAAAACAUCUCACGAUUCUCAAUGGCUUCUUUGAUCAGCUCAUUGGAACGGCAGCCCUGAUCGUAUGCAUCCUGGCCAUUGUGGAUCCAUACAACAACCCCAUACCCCAGGGGCUCGAGGCCUUCACUGUGGGCUUUGUGGUUCUGGUCAUUGGACUGGCGAUGGGCUUUAACUCUGGCUAUGCCGUCAACCCUGCCAGGGAUCUGGGGCCACGUAUCUUCACCUCGAUGGCUGGCUGGGGCAUGGAGGUCUUCACGGCUCGAAACUGCUGGUUCCUGGUGCCCAUCUUUGCCCCGUUUCUUGGGGCUAUCAUCGGGGUGGUGGUCUACCAGAUGAUGGUGGGUUACCAUAUGGAGGGCGAAGUACGCGACCGGCGUGAGGCGCAGCAACAGAACGAAAGAGAGCGACUCAACAGCAUCAGCACUAACGACCACAACAAAGAGAAGGAGGUGUCAUAAAGAGCCUGACGUCUGCAGGGGGGGAUACACAGCAACAGGGUUAGGGUUAGAAAUAGCAACAGAUGGAGUUCUCCACAAUCUGUACACACACACAAACACACACACUCACACACCACACACUCACACAUACGCACACACACACACACAAAGCGCAGAAUUACAUUAAUUCGUUGAUGAACAAUACAUUUUGUUGUAUUUAAUCAUAGUUUUCUAUUACUACGACUAUAGUUUCCUAUAGGAUUUAGUAGAAUAUAAUGUUAUAGAUAUAUCUAGUGUCUCCACACCAAUUGUUUGCAUAUGUGUUUAUUCUUACCAAACAAACAUUGGCAACAUAUAUUGACCACUGUUUUAUUGUUACAUUACUGUCCCAACAAUCCAUCCUGACUUUUUUUGCAUUAUCCUGUUUUGUUUGUUUGUAUUAUUAUUGAUGUUUCUACGAUAUAAAGUAUGUAUUGACAUGUUUUUCAAAAAACUAAAAGGCCUUGGUAAUCCAUUAUUUCAGUGACGGAAUGUGACAAUUUCCUUUACUCUAAAUCGAAACAGGAUAAUGUUUUUCAUCUGCUUCAACUUUGUAAAUACCUAGACGUAGCUGCCAACACUAUUUGGAGUCUAACCAAGAUAUGGACAUACCAUACCAACAGUUGAAUGUUGUUUAUUUUUACAAUCAUUAACAUCUUUAAUUAACAUCUCAUGUAGUCAAAAUUAGCGCCUUUGGUAAACUUAUUCUAACAUUCUAUUUAUGGGACUGGAAUUGCUCACAUAGAGCGGAUUUUCUGCUUCGACAAGAACCUUACCGGGCCAAUCACAACCGUUUAUCUAAAAGUAGGCGGGAUAAAUACGAUGACGGCCAAGGGUAGGGCCAUUGUUUUUGAUAACAACCAAGAUGGAUACCGCAGAAUCUGUUGAUUCUGC